ACAGAGUGCAAUGAAAGCUAAGAUAAAGUAGAAUAGUUUCUUCUCCCUAUUUGUUGUCCACUCAUCGUUCGUUUAAAAUGCUCAGCGCUGAAGGGAGGCUUGUUAGUCUUUGUUGCGUUGUGCUUUACUGCCAGAUCACAUAUUUAAUGUUGAUGUAUAGGACGGGUGUUUAUUCGCGUCAUCAGCAUGCUUUCCCUGACGGACACGCCAAUUUGGGAAGAGGAAAAUAAUGUGAGUAAAGAGGGAGAUUGCUGCAGCGACCGAUCGCCUUGAAGGAGCAGAGCAGAGCGAGCGGGCGGACAGACACUACAUUGCCGGCUGACACGGGGCUGGAACCUUGGCCUUGUUCCUGGCAUUGUUGCGUCGCAGGCGCGCAGGCGCAGUGCCGGAUAAACAGGCGGGGAGCGGCGGCACUGCGGCGGCUCCAGUAACGGUCCCUGCGGGUGCCCGCGGGCAGCACCAGCCGGAGCACAGUCCAGUCCAGCACAGUCCAGUCCAGCACAGUCCAGUCCAGCACAGCCCAGCACAGCUCAACCCAGCCCAGCCCAGCUCAGCCCAGCCCAGCUCAGCUCAGCUCACAGGCCCAGCCUCGAAUUUUCUACGUGGAUGACAAGAAACCUGGAAACUAACGUGACUUAGCGACGUAGCACGGAAGAAGAUUAAAAUCGUCAUUAUUAUAUCUAACCAUGGAAACUAAAGAGUUGAGAAAAGAGAGAAGGCCAGGUUAUUUUGCCAGUCGGGUUUUCGUAGCAUAUGGUUCUUCACCUUGGCUCCUAACAAUCUGUAUAGGUUCCAAAGCCUUCAAAACAUUCAUUCCGAUAAGUAGAUCAACACUAGAAUCUAUUUCAGAUAUCUUGACAUCCUUCAGGUUAAAAAGAACAAAGCAGCUAAAACAAAAAGAAGCAGAACCUUCAAGUUGUAAUACUGAAAAUCCAUUGCCUAAAAUAGAAAUACAACCUGGUGAAAAUGACUCGAAAGAAAAUCUCAGUGUAUCUUCACAACAUAUGGUUGACGAUGAAAAGCUUAAAGAUAUUUCAGAAAAUUCUUUGAAAAAAGGAGAUAAUACUGCAGACAAUAAAAGCAAACCCGUUCAAAGGAAAGAAAUCCGACGUGCGGAACUGAAGAGCUUUUACCUGUCUGGUGAUGGACGGAUGAACAGGAAUAAAGAAAAGAAAAUGGUUACUCAGAAGCCAUUUGGAACCAUAGAAUAUAUGGCUGGGUCCCAAGACACCAUGAACACCAUAGCUUUGAAAUUCAAUGUUACUCCAAAUGAACUUGUGCAGAUGAACAAACUUUACAGUCGUGUUGUUGUUCCUGGUCAGACUUUGUAUGUUCCAGAUUCACCACCUGUUGUGGCAGCAAUUUCCCCAGUCUGUGGAAGCCUGCUGACUCCUCCCUCAUCAGAUACAGAGUAUGGUAAACUUCCAGAUGCAGAUCGUCCAAGAAAAGUAACUGCUCGGAAUUUCCUCUCCUCAUCAGUGCAUUCACAACCUAUUGUGAGAGUAACAUCAUCUGGUUCAGAAGAUGAUGAACCACUUACAGAAAAGUUUUUGAAAAUGAAUUGCAGAUACAUCACAGAUGGCGAGGGAGUUGUUGGAGGAGUUAUGAUUGUCACUCCAAAUAAUAUAAUGUUUGAUCCACAUAAAUCCGAUUCCCUUGUAAUUGAAAAUGGAUGUGAGGAAUACGGACUCAUUUGUCCCAUGGAAGAAGUCAUAUCCAUUGCCUUAUACCAUGAUAUCUCACACAUGAAGAUUAAAGAUGCUCUUCCAUCUGAUGUACCAAAGGAUCUCUCUCCCCUGUAUAGGCCUGGAGAUUGGGAUGAUCUAUCAGCUGAAAAGGAUCUAAAUCCAUUUAAUCGUUUCAAGGCCAUGAGUAAAAAUCGACAGGUGAAGGAUCAUGAUUCUUCAGAAAACUAUUAUCCUCUCCACAAAAGUAUGGAAGAUACAUCUGAUGAAUUGUUUACUGAACUUGCAUCAUCCCCGGUAAAAGAGGAAAGUGCUGCAGAAUUUGCAAAUGGUAUUUAUAGAGAUGUAGUUGAAGGAAAGUCAGAAGUGGCUGCAACUCGCUCUAUCUUGAAAAGCCAUGGUUAUUACAAGGAUGUUUCCACUACUGAGGAGGAAGCUACAGAUAUGUCUGAUGCUGUGGAGUGUAUGAAACAUGCCUCACUUGUGAAAAAUUAUGAGACCAAUGACCAACAAACUAUACCUGAAAAAACGUUACUGGGACCCACCUCAGAAAUGUGUAUUCAUUCUUCUGAAAGUCCAUCUUUAAUAUUUGGUGUUCCUUCAGAUCAUGAUAUUUCUGGGGACAGUGAAAUUACCUUCAACAGUGAUAUAACAGCAAAGGGAACGUACCUAGAAAAUUACAUGAGCAAAGGGAGCAAGGUUCCCACAAUGCAGGAUUUUCCAUCUGAUAUUGGUCCAGACACGAGUACAAAAUCAUCUUUGAAUGAAGAUAAUGAAGAAGCUGGCUGUCAAUCAGAAAUUCAAGCAUUCUUUAACAAACUUAAAGGACCAAUUGAAGACAUGCUUCCAUCAAAGGAAGAGAAGAGCAAGAAACCACCUAUGUUCCUUUGCAUUAAACUUGGGAAACCUAUGAGAAAGUCAUUUGUGUCAUAUAGCAUGACGACAAUACACCAAUAUGUGAAGAGGGAGAAGCAGCUGGAAUAUUGGUUUGCAGUUCCACAAGAAAGGGUAGAUCAUCUCUAUGCAUUCUUUGUUCACUGGUCACCUGAAGUAUAUGGGAAAGAUGCGAAAGAUCAGGGUUUUAUGGUGGUGAAAAAGGAUGAACUGGAAGUGAUUGACAAUUUCUUCAGUGACCCAGUUUCUAAAAGUUGGGAGAUCAUUACUAUUGAAGAAGCAAAACGACGCCAGAGCAUUGAAAGUUGUUAUGAAGAUAUAGAAGAUCUUCAGCCUGUACUUACAGACCCUAGUGAGCUAUUGGAGAGUUUCCACAUUGAAAAGCUUAUGCUGCAUCUUCCUGCUAGGACACAGGGGUAUGCUUGGCGCCUUAUGUACAGCACAGCUGUCCACGGAACAAGCCUAAGAACACUUUAUCGCAGUUUGACUGUUAUUGAUGCUCCUGUUCUCCUUGUUGUCAAAGAUAUGGAUAAUCAGAUAUUUGGAGCUUUGGCAUCACACCCUUUCAGAUUAAGUGACCAUUGUUUUGGUACAGGAGAAACCUUUCUAUAUACAUUCAAUCCACAGUUCAAGAUAUUUCGGUGGAGUGGAGAAAACUCGUAUUUCAUUAAAGGAGAUAAAGACUCAUUAGAACUAGGUGGAGGCAGUGGCCAUUUUGGCUUGUGGUUAGAUGCAGAUUUAUAUCAUGGACGAAGCAAUCCAUGCAGUACGUUUAACAACGAAACACUAUCAAAAAAAGAAGACUUCAUUGUGCAAGAUCUUGAAGUGUGGACUUUUGUAUAAGUUUGCCUGGUUCACCUUGGUUUUGCUGUCCAAUCCACUGCUAGCUGCCUUAUCUUAUGUCCAGUGCUCACAAUGUACUGUAAAUGAGCAUGUUUCAAAUGCUUAAGCUACACUUCUAAACACAAGCUACAAAGGAGAUUGCCGGGCACAGCUCUCCAGAGAGAUGAUUCCUUUCCAUUCUGUAGACUACAUCGAACCACCAUAUGCUAAGGGAAACCAGUUAAGUUGGUGAACUUUUUGCCGCACAAAUAUGUAUGGUUGAAAAUGGAGUGCAAAAGAAUCUUCAUGUUAUGACAGCUCAUUCUAAAUGCUGUGUGCUAGCCAACAAAUGGCUGACAAUAAACUGUGAGUACAGCCAAAUCUACGUGCAAGGCAGUGCUUUCCAAAUUAAGGGGAUAGUUAAUAUUUAAGCAUUUAGUGACAACAAUGCAUGUUGAAGGCACAAUUUUUCAAUGGUCAUCUGAUUUUUAAAAAAAAUCGUUUUUAUCACAUUACUUAAAGUCCAACUGGAAUAUUUAAUAUCCUCUAAGAAUGUAUGAUGGUGUUCCAGUAACUGGAACAAUAUUAUUGAAGAAUAAUAGUCCUGGGAGAAAGAAUUGCAAUUAUGCCAGGAACAAAAUGCUAUAGUACAAUACUUUAACUUUUAUUUUUGGUUACAUUGAAUGUUGUAUCCUUUCAUUUAGGAAUGGUUUUGUAUCAGUGCAGGCACUGAACGCAAUAUUUCAAAUUUGUUUACAGUUAGCAAAAUUAUUAUGUAUUAUUUUUAUUUGCAUAUGAAUUUUUGCAUUCAUUUGAACAUUCCAAUGUCUUAAGAGAACAAAGGGAACCUAAAUGCACAUUAAGAAUAUCAGAGCACUUUGAAAGUGUAGUUUUUGGCACCAAAUACAAUUUGUGUGUGUAAACUUCAUUUUUAAAAUAUUAACUGAUGUUCAUUUUGCAUACCAGUAUGCAAAAAUGUACUUUAAUUUUUUGAUUAAUAUGUUAAAUUAUUCAGCAUAUUAUAUAAGAACUUCAGGAAAAUGUAAAAACUUUAAAUAUGUUAGAUGUUUUUCCUCUCCUGGAGCAGAUAGUUGAAAUAUUGAUGGAAACUGCAUAAUUUUUUUUUGAGGUGCUACUUCUACUUUUGAUCACUAAAUUCAAGAACCAGAAUUAAAGAACAUACAAAGUAACAUAUUUCCAUAAUGUUUUUUUCAUACAUGCUUUUUGUGGUACAGUUUAAAAAAUAUCUGACGAGAACUAAACAUUUCCAUUUUUUAAGUUUAGCAUUUGAUAUGUUAAAUAAUAGCUUAAAUAAUAUUGUGUUUAAUAAACAAUACCUGUAUUGUCAGAACAAUCAAAAUUGUGAGUGUCAUUAAGAACAAAAGUCCUUCAGUAAAUUGAAUGAAUCUGUAUAAUUAAAGAGCAUUGUGGAAUAGAUGUUUCCAUUGGGAUAAAAUAAACUGAUAAUAUCUAGUUGCUGAGUAGAAUAUAGUACUUUUUAAUCUGUGCUAUUAAAACCUAUUGUCCUUGGCUUACAAAAUAGUAGGCAGUUUUGAAUGAAUGAUGUUUCAAACCAGUGGGAGCCCCAUUUUGAGCUGCUUCUUGCUGAUGUUUUUUUUUUGUGGAGCAAUAGCAUCAUCACACAGGAGUAUUUUCAGUUCAGACAGAAACCUAUUUUGAUCUUCUGCAUGUGGGAGAGGGAGCUGGUUACUAUACAACUUUGGUCCACACAUAAGUAUGCCGAUAUUACACACAUUUUGGAAAUGAGGUACAAUCCCACCGAGGUUUAGUGGUUUGGUUGUCGUGAGCGGUACCAACAUUCUGGCAGGCAGAAUGCUACACGGGUGGGUUUAAACUAAAUUGGCAAGGGGGUGGGAUCUCAUACAGGACAGAGACAGGUGAGAGGUUAGUAGUUGGUAUAGAGGGUGGUGAGAGAAAA